CGAAGGCUUCGUUUUCCAGGUCUCUCCAAAAGAAAUGGAAAAAGGCUCAAAGUGAAAUGGUUUACCCAAGGCCACAGAAAAGGUUGAUGGCAGAGGAAGGAGAAUUACUUAAGCUUUCCUAAUUCCUACCUGAGCUCUUCACCUGACCCCCACCCUUACCACUCAAUACCUGCCCAAGUGGAGUUGCCUCAUGGUCACUGAACCUCUCAGAAUUUCCACACUGAUUAGUCAACAGUGGAAAAUCCGAAGAGAUGCAAGUAGGAAAAAGAAACUAAAACAGGCCUGAAGAGCGAUGCGACAGGCGUGAUGGAGGUCGAGUCCUCCUACUCGGACUUCAUCUCCUGUGACCGGACAGGCCGUCGGAACGCGGUCCCUGACAUCCAGGGGGACUCUGAGGCUGUGAGCGUGAGGAAGCUGGCUGGAGACAUGGGCGAGCUGACACUCGAGGGGGCAGAAGGACAGACAGAGGCGGGCACCCCAGACAAGGAAGCUAGCAAGCAGCCUGAGAGCAACGAUGGGACCACCUCGUCUUGAGUCUGACCUUGCCCAUGGAAGGUGGAAGAGAGACCUGCUGUCCCCACCUGGACAGGGAGCCCUGGCAUUGGCCUGGCAGCCCCUUCUCUGAGCCCCUGUACCAGGCAAGCCAGGCCAGAGUGAAAAGGCACCCCCGGAGGCCGCCGUGGCCCCUACCCUGGAAAAACCCUCCCCCUGCACCCUCAGGCUCCACUCGCCCACCACCUCCUCACCGUGCCCGGGCACACUCUCAAGACCCUGUAGCUGCGGGGCAUUAUUUAUUCAGCGGGCACCUGGGUGAGCAGCACCCCAAGAACACGCCUCCAUAGGUGGUCUGGGCGGCAACCACGGCCCAGCUCUGCCCCGCCUUCUCCAAGCCCAACCUUCUGGGUCAAGACCUUCGUAUCCCUUUUUUUAAAAAACACUUUUAAAAACUUUUUAAAAACUAUAAACCUCUUUUCAGCAGAGAGGAAGGGAGCUGACUUUUUUUUUUUUUUUUUUUUUUGGAAGGCAUUGUAAGCGGAACUGACCAUCUGUGCAGCUCCGCGUCCCCUCGUGGAGCUUCACGGAUCCAUUUCUAGGGAAGGGGUUUUGUGCUCACAACUGAUCAACUCUUUGCCCUUUCUACCAACAUAAGUGGCACCUAGGACCCAAGAAAUAAAUGCUGAUGAUUUGUGUGA